UCCCUUUUAUUGUGUAAUCCAGACGAAAGGUGCACAGACAAAUUUCGCUCGACCAUUAAAUCGAUAAUCUGAUUUGUUCCUCAGCGAGUUGAUAAAUGGGUCGACCUGCUUUAAGAAGCUCACUCCUGCUUCCUUUUCUUUGCUCUGAAAAAUUCCACAACCAACUUUAAAUGGAUUAGUAGCAAAUCAAGGAGGAACUCGUGUGUGUAUGGAAGAUCUCAAAGAACAUGACAUGAGAAAUCAUUAAUUCAUCAUGUGCUCAAUUGUGAUUCUUGGCGGAAGUGAUGGUGCUUUUCGCAUUCAAUUUAAGAGCAAAGAUUACAUUUCAGUGACAUUUUCUGUGACUUCUUCUGCUGGCGAAAUGAGAAAUUUCACCAUGGGAAAUCUCAGUAAAUUUUAGAUAUAUAAUAAUUGAAAGCUUGGAGUCCUCAUAAAAGUCCUCUUAUUGACAAUUUGCGUUACACGUUGAACUUUUCUUCUUCGUCAAAUUUCAAUCACAAUCUAAAAUGGGAAAAUAUUGUGGGUUUAUUAAUUUUGUCUUGCCCUUUAAACUGUUGAGAAAGUUGUCCGCCUUUAAAUCCACGCUUUCCCACCGUAUUUGACAUGUUUUCGUGCUCUAUAUUUAGGCUCAUUUGCCAACAAGAGAGAGAGGCUCAUGAGCGGGAUAGUGUGAAAUGUUGCGCAUUUUCAAUUUCCCUUGCAGACAUGAACGACAGCGGCAACGGCAAUCUACUGGAGAUUCCCUUGUUCAGGACGGAGGAAGGACGAUAUUUGGCUACAAGUCUGGGUGAUCCUUUGAUAAAGGGACUCACCGAAGUUGCGAAUCAGCGCCCGGAAAAUCCUGUUGCAUUUCUCGCGAGCUACCUUAACAAUUUCGUCAACAAACCAGCAUCAGACGAACAGCAAAUGAUCCCGGCAAAAAGCGACACGAAGGAGAGUGGGGCUCGUGAGGUAGCCGGAAGGAGUGUUAUUGAUCAUCCUGUUGCCGAUGCUGUGCCUUCGACACCGUCGCCCGACGAGGAAGAGACAACCGGAGCUUUUGACCGAGACGAGCACGGCCAGAGCAUGUUGCACUUCGCCUGCGCUCGUUCACACGGCAGAAACGCUCUGUUCCACCUGAUUGAGGAGUCAGGCGUGAGCAUCACCUUCCGAGACGAGCUUUACCGCACUGCUCGGGAUGUGGCUCUGCAGGCCAGCCAGGCGUCGAAUGCCAAAGAGUUGGACCGGUACGUUGUUGCUCUGGCAGCUCGCGGAGACAUCGACACGUUCCAGGCGAUGCUCCUGGACGGCUAUGACCACAUCCUGGAUCCCAGGGACGCCGAGGGCAACAGCAUUACGAGUGUGGCGCAAGCAAGAGGACAUCAAGAGCUGUUCAAGUUCCUCGAGAGCAUUCCUGACUUUGAGGAGCGCCGCGAGAAGUGUCACAACAUAAUUCGCGACGAGGAUCUGGAGAGACUGCAGCGAUUCCUCGACUCAUCAUCAGACGCCAUACGCCUCAUGAAGGCACGCAAUUACUAUGGUCGAAACGCCCUGCACAUCGCUGUGCUGAAGGAGAAAGAGGACGUCGUGGAGUACAUCGUGACGAAUUUCCGCGCAACAAUCAAACUUGGAGACAAUCUGGAGAGGACUCCACUCCACUAUGCCAUGGGAGUGUCCGCCGUGGAGGCAAUCAGUCGCAUUUUGAUCAAGAACGGCGCCAAGCGCGUGGUGAAGGAUCUCAAGGGGAGACAGCCGAGUUACUAUUUCAUGAACAAGUCCGACAUUCUUCGUCUGCAAGAGGAGGAGCACCACUGAAACCCUCGAAGCACAUCGCGCACUCUGCAAAGAGCACAUUAGAUGUGAUGCAAGUACUGUCCGUCGACUUAUUGAACGUAGGCAAGAGUAAGGACGCAAUUGAGAGUCAGCAUAAUGUCUUUCUUUUUCGCACACAUUUAGCGUUGGCUGUAGUUUACAUUCAUUAAACUUAUGUCUCUUAACACUAGUGAAAA